CUUAUUAAACUCACAAAUCUCUCCAAUAGCAUCUCACUCCAACUCCAUUGCCACAUCUUCUCACUCUCCAAUAUCAAACUUCUCAAAUGUACACAAAUCUUCCAUUAAAACUCACAAAUCCAAAACUCCACACUAAGUUCAUUUCACCAUUUUUCGCCUUCAAAACCUCGAAAUGAACUGAAUACACACUUCAUUUUUUGUAUUUUUUGAUCUAGCUCGUUGAGUUAACUCCCAAACCUCCCAUCUCAAUUCGUCAAAUUUCUCCAUUUUGCCGUAUUUAAUGGCUGACAUAGUGAAGCAGAUCUUGGCUAAGCCAAUUCAAUUAGCAGACCAAGUAACAAAAGUAGCAGACGAAGCAAAUUCAUUCAAACAAGAUUGUGCAGAUAUCAAAUCCAAAACAGAGAAACUAGCCGCGCUGCUACGUCAAGCAGCGCGAGCUAGCAACGAUCUCUACCAACGCCCUACGAAACGAAUCAUCGAAGAUACUGAACAAGUACUCGAAAAAGCCCUAUCAAUCGUCUCGAAAUGUCGAGCCAACGGGCUCGUUAAACGUGUUUUCACUAUCAUCCCUGCUGCUGCAUUUAGGAAAAUGACUUCUCUACUGGAAAAUUCGAUCGGUGAUGUAUCGUGGCUCCUCCGUGUUUCUGCAUCGGCGAAUGAACGGGGUGAUGAGUAUUUGGGGCUGCCGCCGAUUGCUGCUAAUGAACCUAUAUUGUGUUUGAUUUGGGAACAGAUUGCAAUUUUGUAUACUGGCUCAUCGGAUGAGAGAUCGGAUGCUGCUGCUUCUUUGGUUUCGUUAGCUCAGGAUAAUGAUCGGUAUGGCAAGUUAAUCAUCGAAGAAGGUGGAGUUGGACCGUUGUUGAAAUUGUUGAAGGAAGGGAAAUUGGAAGGUCAGGAGAAUGCUGCUAAGGCAAUUGGACUUCUUGGACGCGACCCUGAAAGUGUCGAACACAUGAUACAUGCUGGCGUUUGCUCAGUGUUUGCGAAAAUCCUCAAAGAAGGUCUGAUGAAAGUUCAGUCAGUAGUGGCAUGGGCAGUUGCAGAGCUCGUUUCACAUUACCCGAAAUGCCAAGAUCUUUUUCAGCAGCAUAAUAUAGUCAGGUUACUGGUUAGCCAUCUCGCGUUUGAGACGGUUCAAGAGCAUAUCAAGUAUGCUAUUGUCAGCAAAGCCACUUCGAUUCACGCUGUUGUUUUGGCUAGUAAUAACAAUAGUAAUGUGAACAAGGCGAACGAGGAUGAUGGAAAGAUUCGUGUUCCACAUCCAUUAGGGAAUAAUAAGUCUAAUCAGAUGCAUAAUGUGAUUACCACCACUAUGUCGAUGAAGGGUCUAACGAAAACCCCUCAGGAAAAUCUUGUCAAUGGCGUGAACCAGACGUUGAAUCAGCUUAGCAAGAUUAACGGAAAUAGCAACGUGAUGAAGCAAAAUCAUGUCAAUCAUCUGCAGCAUCAGCAUCAGCAUCAGCAUCAGAACAGUGUUUGUUCAACUGGGGCGAGUAAUAAAGGGAGGGAAAAUGAGGAUCCUGCUACCAAGGCUUAUAUGAAGGCGAUGGCUGCACGAGCAUUAUGGAAACUUGCCAAGGGAAAUUCCUCAAUUUGUCGCAGCAUUACUGAAUCACGAGCACUGCUUUGCUUUGCGGUACUCCUGGACAAAGGAACAGACGAUGUUAAGUACAAUUCAUCUAUGUCCAUAAUGGAAAUCACAGCAGUGGCAGAACAAGAUGCUGAUUUGAGACGGUCAGCGUUCAAGCCUAACACAACAGCCUGCAAAGCUGUUGUUGAUCAAUUACUGAGAAUCAUCGAAAAAGGAGAUUCAGACUUGCUUAUUCCAUGUAUCAAUGCUAUUGGAAACUUAGCUAGGACUUUUCGAGCAACUGAAACAAGGAUCAUUAGUCCAUUAGUCAAGCUACUUGAUGAGCGCGAACCAUUAAUCUCCAAAGAAGCAGCAUUAGCCCUUGCAAAAUUCGCUUGUUCAGAUAACUACCUUCACAAGGAUCACUCCAAGGCCAUCAUAAACGCCGGAGGGACAAAACAUUUGAUUCAACUUGUUUACUUUGGUGAACAAAAAGUUCAGAGUCCUGCAUUGCUUCUACUUUGCUACAUUGCGUUGCACGUUCCUGAUAGUGAAGCACUUGCUCAAGCCGAGGUACUGACAGUGCUCGAGUGGGCCUCAAAGCACGCGUACUUGAGCCAACACGAAAAGGUAGAGAGAUUGUUGCAGGAAGCAAAUAGCAGGCUUGAACUAUAUCAAUCUAGAGGAUCAAGGGGAUUUCAUUGACUUGUAAUAAUAAUAAAAAUGUGUAGAAUUUGUAUGUUGUUAGCUUAAAUUUUAUGUUAUUUGUUUUAGAUUUUGUUUUUAUUUGUCAUUUUAACCCUGUUCUAGUUGUGUAGAAUAAACUUCUAAUUAGAUUCACCAUUUGAUUGUAACCUUUUCGUUACAGAAUUAUCUGUUUUAUUGUAAAAUAGACUCUUGUGGUACGGUC